AUGUCAGGCAUGGCAGCCUCCGGCUUAGCAGUUGGGGACGCCGCCUUUGACUCGCUCCCCCCGUGUGGCUACCCCUUAUUUGGCAGUGAGAUGGACAGCCAGCGAGCCUUUGCCGUGGAGGAUGACUUCACCGCGUGGCUGUUCAACGAAUCAUCCGUGGCUUCUUCAUCAUCCGUCGCAUAUCCGUCAUGGACAGGUGUGAUCCCCAGUCAUCUGGAUGCCGCUCGGCUUCAAUCUCAACUCGGCAUCAGUGAGACGGCCUAUGGGGCGUUAUCCGGCGGCGCCAUCGCAGACCGAUCCCCGAGUGCCGCCAGGUCGUCGGAUCCCGGGCCGCCGCGCAGCAUCAUGUCGGAAGACAAGCUCCAGGAACUCGUAGGCCUCAUGGCGACGCGGUUCAAUGAGGCAGCGCACCCGGCGGUGGCCAACCGCAAGGAGGCCUUCUUGGAGGGCGACAUGACCAACGACGAUCACAUCCUGAGUCUGCGAAUGGUGCGAACAUACCUGGAGGCAUUUUGGUUUUACUUUCACCCGCAGCUACCCAUCCUUCAUCGUCCGGCCUUUGUGGCGGACCAGGCACCCAACCUCCUUCUUCUGGCCGUCAUCGCAAUCGGGGCGUCGACGCUGGAUCGCGUCCACGGCCCGGAUGUGAUGGAGACAGUCUCCGAGUUGGCCAACUUCAUCGUCUGGCAUCUUCGCUGGGAGGUGUUUAUGGAUGCCGAGUUUCAGGCACCCACCAAACUCUGGGUGUUCCAGGCCCUGCUACUCAUAGAGAUCCACGAGAAGAUGUAUUCGACACGCUCCCUCCACGAGCGGGCGCAUAUCCAUCAUGACACCACGCUGGCCCUGAUGCGGCGCGGUAGCUUGUUCAUCGGGUGCUCGGCGGAUUCGUCGCAACCCAGCCGAGGAAGCGACGUGCUCGGCUCCAACAUGACGCUCGACUCUGGGUCGGACGAGUCCUGGACGAACUGGAUCAAGGCCGAGGCCACGCGGCGGGUUGUCUUUGCGGCCCUGGUGCUGGACUCUGCGCAUGCCGCCAUGUUUGGACAGCAUCCCAAGAUGGCGGCGCACGAGCUUCGGCUGCCGCUGCCGUGCGACGAGGCGCUCUGGUCGGCGACCAGCGCGGCCGAAGUCGUCCGCGUGCGUUCCAGCCUGCAAGCCAACGGCGGGACGCCCGUCAUCAUGUUUCUGGACGCGCUCAAGGAGACCCUCGAGGGACGGCGAGUGCGGACCGACGCCUUUGGUAUUCACAUCGUCAUGAGUGGACUGCUCAGCGUGUUGUGGUACAUGAAGCAGCGGGAGUCGCAACGGUCUUGCCCGCUCGACAUUCCGGGCAGCCGACAUCAUCGACGAUCGGCGUUGCUCCGAGCGUUUGAUAACUGGCGGCGGGACCAUGGCGAUGUCCUUGGCCGGGACGCAUCGCCAGCCUUGGGCUGCGAGUAUCGGGCGCGGCGGCCACCAGGCAAAGGUGGCUUCAUGGAAACGCGCGGCGUGCUGCAUGGCCUUGCCCAAAUGGCAUCGCGCGUCGACAUUCUCGAAUGUCAGAGCUUUGCCGACGCCGUCCAACGCGCGGGACGGUCGAGAGACGGCAGCGCCGCUGUUGAAAAGAUGGCUGAGCGAUGGAUCGUCGAGGCCUCAGCCCGCGAGGCCGCCUUCUACGCCCUGAAGUUCCUGUGCGAGUGUUUGCUGACGGGCGCUUCCGCCGCCGACGACGACGACGACGAUAACGACGAGGUCUAUUCGGGACGGGAGGACUACAGCCUCAACCGGCCGUGGGUAAUGUACAUGGCCGCACUGAUAGUCUGGUGCUAUGGGUUCGCCGUCGAUGGUCCAAUCGCCCUGCCGCCGACUCUGAUGACGGCUGCAGAGCAACGCCGCGACAUGAUGGAAUUCCUUCAGCGCAUGCGUGGCCUGCAAUCUCCCCAUGAUCUUCAGGCGAUGCAACGACGCAACCGGUGCCUGGGGUUGUUGAUGAUUCUGCGCGACGGCUUCGUCAACACGCGAUGGGAGCUGCUGACCGAGGCGGCCAAUGUGCUAGGCAGCUGCAUUGCACAGUUGCGCGGGUGA